AUGGCUCUUGGACUCGUACCCAUUGCCCACAUCGUGGCUGCCGUCUUUUCCAUCAUUGAGCUUGGUCUCAGUGGUUAUGUUGCCAGCAGCUACUGGUGGCGCUCGCCCGAUAUCGUCAACUUCAUCAUCUUCUGCUCCGUCUGGUCCCUGUUGGUCCUGGCUUAUGUCGGCCUAACGCCUCUGUACCUGACCCGCUUUUUCCACAAGCUGGUGUCCCUUGGUCUUCUUGUUAUCACCACCAUCUUCUGGUUCGCUGGCGCAAUCGCCUACGCCGUCUUCGUCGGCCACCCGAGGUGCGGAGCCAACACCUACUGCGGCUCUGCCCAGGCCGGUGUUGCUUUUGCUUUCUUCGUCUGGGCCAUCUUCACGUUCCUCACUGUCCUUGACACCCUCGAGGCCAUGCGCUCGCGCGGCCACAGCACCAGCACCAAGGCCAACCACGCCUACCCUGGCGCCUAA